CUUUUUUAUCAUUUUUAUCUUUGGGCUUCGGCUGAUAUUAUUGUAGGUGUAGGUCGUGGGUGCUGAGUAGCACACAACAUCUAUAUCUAUUACUCGAAAAUUUUGAUCUCCGGAUCCAACCGCUCGUGCCGAUCUAUUAUUAUUUUCUCGACGGCACGAUCACACGAACGUGAAAAUGAGUAAGGUGUACAAGGAAGACGAAAUCAGCGUCCGAGUGGAUCGGUGCCUGUAUGAUUCGAUGAUUAAAUUCGGUGGCGGCUUGAGUGUAGGUGUUGUUGCAUCCCUGUUGUUUUUCAAACGUAAGAAGUGGCCAAUGAUCAUGGGCUCUGGUUUUGGAUUGGGUUUAGCAUAUGAGAACUGUGAAAAAGACUUAAAAGAAUAUUUUACGAGUACAUAAUACAUUAUAUUAUAUUAGAGCUUAGGCAAUAUCAUAUUAGCCUUACUCUAGAGUCAAACAAUGUAUUGUUCAUACAAUUAAUUUUCUUUUAUGUUAAUUAUAAUAAUGUAAGUAGUA